CACUCAGUCAGUCCAGAACUACCAAGCAUUCCCAAACCAACCAUCUCGAAAAUGGCGAUGAAGUGUAAUUGAGAAGGUUCCUUCCAGUCGUUACGAAUAGUAUUCAGCUUAUGGCUCUGCAAUGUGUCACAAAACCCAAAAUGUGGUUGGGCCUUAAGCAGAUACUUCUCUAUGUAGGCCUGUUGCUCUGCGUUCUUCUGCAGGUCUGCAGAAGCAAGACCCAGUCGCAGAUGUUUUGCCCCACUGUUUGCCACUGUGAUCUACACGCCCAGCGCAAUCGCGCAGUAUGCAGCGCAAAGCGCUUGAUAAGCGCCAAUAUAGAAAUACCUACAACGGUUGAGCUGUUGGACCUGAGCUACAAUGAUAUAACCACCAUUGACGAUGACUCCUUCAAAACCACAAUCCACCUGCUUAAUCUUACGUUGGCCCACAACGCGAUACACACACUUUAUGGGGAUGCCUUUGUGGAGUUGACCAGACUACGCUACUUGGAUCUAUCGUACAAUCGCCUGGAGCAGAUCGAUGAACAUAUCCUGGAAUCCAACAACCAACUGAUCCACCUUAAUUUGGAAGGCAACAAGUUGUCCACAUUGGGAAAAGGACCUAUAUUAAGAAGUCCAUCGCUACGCUCUCUCAAUCUGCGCAACUCGCAGGUAAAUCAACUUGGAACCCAGCUUCUGAGUGCCUUGCCUCAAUUGCGCCAACUGGAUUUGGCACAGAAUCUACUGUUAACCCUGAGUCCUGGAGAUUUUCAUGCACCCCGCAAUCUGGCGUCACUGAAUGUUGAGGAAAAUCCCUUCAACUGCGAUCGGGCGUUAGCCAAAGUGGCCACUGGAUUGCGACAGCGCGGAGUGGCUAUUUUCAUGAGCAACUGCAUGGAAGAAGAGGUUCAGGAUCACCAGGACGAUGCGGAAGCUGUGAAUUUUCCUAAUAAAAACGAGAAGUUCGAAAGCAUGGAGUACUUGGAGCCCAGCACCCGAGGACCCCAAUCCGUGCUGUCCGUCUGGCGGGAUCUGGACUCCAGUGAGGAGCAGAACAGCUCGCAGGACGACGAGCAGAUGUCAUCGCUAAGCGAUGUGUGUGAGGGAAGUCGGGAGAAACUGUGCCUAAGAUACCGCAUUUGCUUGGAGCGUGUGAGUCAUGAACUCCUGGCUGGCGGAAACUCCCAAUUGGAAGAUGAAAUCAUACGCACGCACACCUACGAUGAGGAUGAUUUGAAGCUGGCCUUUGUGGUGGGCGGUGCCACGGGCGUUUGCAUGGUCAUCUUCAUCAUUACCUUUGCCCUGUGCCUCAAGAGUUGCUGUGAGAUGCGCAAAAAGAAAAGUAACCCGGAAGUGGCCACUGGGGUUUCAGCUCCUCUGAACCCUUCGCAGGAUAGCCUACCCACUAUACACACCUGGUCACCACAGCGUACGCGCAACCCCAGGCGCUCUAAUCCCCAGCGUCCCCGUAGUACUCAAUCGCAUGCCGUGGUUCGACAACCCUACGGACCGCAGGACAACUUCGUGUCCCGGCUCUUUGGUCGUCCGGCCCGCAGUCAGUACUACCGGACCAUCAAUCAGAAUACGGCCACCCUCAUAAGGCGCCUUAGUCGGAGUAACCUCUUCACCAGUCGCGACCGGGAACCGAGUUCCCCCGCCGAACCGCCAACUUCUACGGCCAGAUUCUACACGGAUGUGAUUGAAAGUGGGGCGAUACGACCGGAGACACCGCCUCCAAACUACGGCGAUGUGGUGGUCAUCGAGAAUUGUGAUAACAAGUGAAGGGAGUAUCUUUUUAAUAUAGCCAAACAUUCGUAUAAGCUAAAAGUAAUCUAAGUUAUCGCUCUUCUCGACCUCAAUUAUUUACUAUUCAAAUCUAUAUGAGAUAAUUACAAAUUUAAAGUCUAAUCAUUUAUAUUGGCAAAAUAUAAAAUGUCAUAUUUCAAAUCAACAUCAACUAUCGCAGUCGUCAUAGCUGUUUACUAAAUAUUUAUUAAGAAAGUCUACUUCAUGCACUUUUUAUUGGCAACAUAAAAUUAUGUUUGUAUUCAAAAUAUUUUCUUAGCCUACUACUAUUUUAAGUACAACAUGUAAUGCACUUAGCCCCCAAACGAUAUUUUAGAGAGCCCACAACAUGGCGGCCAAAAUGCCCUUGAAAACUUCAAUGUUUCCUCAUUCUCAUUUUACACACAAAAAUAUCAAUUGGGGAAUUCCAGCAUUUUUGCUUCUCGUUUUGGAUAAGCAUUACUUUUACAAGACUUGGACUUGCAGCUGCAACAAAUCGCAAUAAAAACUUUUGACAAAACUAUCAAAGUUGGCAACGUUGGGGGGAAUGUGGGGAUGGGGCAUGGCCAACUGUGAAAUUGCCACAGGAAAAUCCCCGAAAAAUUCAAGUAGCAAAAGUUUACACACUCAAAUAAAUGCUGAAACGCGAAAGAAGAUGGGUCCUUUUAGGCCCCCCGUCCCCCAAUCCUUCCCUGCAGAUAAAUCGAAAACACCACAAAGGAAAAUAAAACCGCACAAAAAAUGCCAUAAGAAUAAAACUCAAAAAAAGAACGACAAACCCAACAAUUUGCACUGCAAAGCGGCAAAAGUGUCUCCAAAGAAACAACCACACAACCCCGACCAGAUACGGAAAAAGAAUAAAUAUAUAUAGGGAAAGAAAGAAGGUCCAAGUUAUGUUGCAAUGGGUAAAAAAAAAAUCAUGUGGCAAAAACGGCAUGUGGCAGUGCACUGAACUACGAGGUAUCUUCAUACAAUUUAAUAAAAAAAAAUAUUUACAAACAUAAUUUAUCAAAUUGAACAUUUACCUAUAUGAAUUGGUUGAAAAAGAAAUAACUAAAGAAUUUUGAUUAUUGCUUAAAUAUCUUUGAAAUGGUUAUUAUGAAUAGACGUGUUAUGAAUCCGUCAAUAUUCAAAUUAGAAAAACUUGUAAAUAUUAUUUUGCAUUAAAAAAAACCUUUUUACAGCAUUUUCCUGGACUAAACGGCAUUCGAAAUCAUUGUGCGUUUUCCUUUAAUUCAUUCUCCAUUUGCCAGAUCACUUGUGAAGCAAAUUUGCUGCGCGGCAUCUUUGUGGGUUCUGUUGUUAAGUGUUUGUCUAGCUAUCUAUCUAUCUAUCCAAACGUAUCUGUGUUUUGUGGUGCCAACUUUCAUUGCACUGAGCCCGGCGCUGCAGCACACUGUGGUGCACAAAAGUUAACGUAUCCUGGGACCAAAGUUGCGUUGUCAACAACCAAAACGCAGGAAAAAAGCGGAUUUGGGAAAAGAGCUGUGAGGAAAUGAGGAGCCCAAAUCGAGGAAGCUUGGCGAAAAAAUGCUCGCACCAGGAGGGCUGAGGAAGCAGAGUUGCAGAGCGUGAAAAAAUAUCUAAAUCCAACAUUAAUGAAAAACUUUUUGCAUAAUCCACGAUGAAGCUGGCGGUGGCAAAAGCAGCAAACCAAAAUCAAACCCCCAUUUCCCCCAAAGGAAAUGCAGCCAAGCGGAGUAGGAACUCCCCAUCGAGUGAAUAAAAUGCAAUAUAAGAGGGCCAGGAUAACAAAGCAACAGAUUCCGCCGGGAGGUGGUGGUUGAAUGGGAUUUUUGAGGCAUUGAAGGACAUGGCAAGCGGCUUAAAAGGUGCUGAAGGUUACCCCGAAAGAAAGUAGUAAGUGAUGAGAUGGCUCAGACUUUAGGAUUCUGGAGGCGAAAGUUGCACUAAAUCUAAGCCAUGGUUCGAAAACCUAUGGAGCUCGAUAUGAAAGGGAAUUGGCGUAAGAAAAACUGAUUGGAAAAUGGUUGAGAGUAGAUCAAAGGGGUGAGGUGUCCUUUGAAAACAAACCUUUACGACCGGUCGGGUCAUUUGCCUUGGCGAUUCAUUUCAAAGCAUUACCUACAUUAAGGUUAUUUGAUUGGUUAGAUUUAUUUUCGGUCACAUAGCUUUAUAACUUGAGAUAAGAUUGAUAUGUUUUAAUAUGUGUAUUAUAAAUAAUUCGCCUUUCAAUUGGCACCACACCAUUUUUUAAGAAAACCAAUUAUAUCUCCAGUUUCACCGACCAACCAAAAUUCAGUACAAAUCAAGUUUCCGCUUUCCAAUUGCACUGCCAUUAGUCUGUACAUCUCUAUUUCAUAAGUUUCAGUUACUUGUGAUUUGUUUAUGGAGUGUUAAGCGCUACAUGGCUAUUUGCCAGCACUUUUACCGCUGCAGAGUAAAUAAAUUAAAUUCGUAUUUGCUGGCAUUCGGUGCGGCGCAUUUCGCCCCUGGGUUCGGUGUAAAACUUUCAGGAGGUGCCGGACAUGGUCGCCGUGUCCCCUGUAACUUUCUAUCUAUCCUCUGCCGACUGCUUGCCGUGUGUUGCAAUAACAAACUCAUGCUAAUUGCUUUGCUAACAACUCGCAGGAACAGCAACAGCAGGAACUUGGACUUGCACUGACAAUAAGAGGGCAGAAAGCGCAGCUACGACAAUAAAUAUCAGCAGGAACUGGCAAGGAGCUGGCUAAAAGUCCUGGCUACCUUUAAUUACGGUUUCGCAGGACACCGGACCACAGUUUAGCACACUCACACAAGCUGCUAACUAGUUGCACAUGGCCCAGAUACACUCAUGACACGAUUGACCUCUUGGCUUUGGGAUGUUGCAGGUGCGACAUACUCAACGCUUCAAGCUACUGAACUCAGCACUGCGAGAAAAUAACUUACG